AUGCUUUCAUGGCGCUCCCUCGCGCUGCUCGCGCUGCUCGUGCCAUGGAGCCGCGCGGGCAUCAUGACGGAGUAUGGAGACCCGAGGAGAGACUUCUACGAUGCUUCCGUCUCCUGCUCUCUCGCCGCCUGGCUCAAGCCUUCUCCCUCCAUGCAGGUUGUAAGCGGGAAAAUCCUUUGGAUCCGAUCGCCCACGAGCCUCGUGCUCGACAGCAGGGCAGAGAGGAGCGUGAACGCUUACCUGGGCGCCACCAUCAUCAUCGGAGGGGAGAGCAGGGUCAUAACCGCCUACACAGGUGACGCCAAUGGCGAUGGGGAUGUGAGAAGCGCUUGUGCUAGAGGUCUGGGACUGAGUCAGCGGCAGGUACAGGACGACGGGGAUGCAGAGGUCUGGGUCGACUCGCCCUUCCUCGCUGCAGAAGCUCUGCAAGCCAACGUGACUCGAUACAAGAUCAUGCACGGAUACUCCAUCACCGAGAGAUUCAACUUAUUCCAUCGGAACAAGUCAAAGAACAAGUCAAAGAACAAGUACAAGAACAAGCCCUCUGAUAGCGAGUUCUCCGUGUCCGAGAAACAAGUCUUGAAGCAGUGGACAAGCGCUUCCUACCAUGUCUUGUUCGCUGGGAGGAUAGCAAGUGCCAUGGCUCAAGUCGAUCUCAUCCUUCGCGAACGUCUGCCGGUGAAGGAGGAGAGCCUGGUAGGGUUGAGUGUGCAGGUCCGAGAGAGCACUCGACCGAUCGUGAGGUACAGCAGGAGCGAGCACAAACUCUCCCUGUCCUCGGCCUUCGAGUUUGAGAUCGAGCAGGAGGAGACGUACAAGAUUUUCACUGUGACGGCAGCUCGGGUCCUGAGCUUUCCCUCCUCUGCAGGGCGAGUGCUCCGUGCUCCUAACGUCACCUCUCGCUUCCGGGUUCAGAUCCACCAGCCCGGCGCGAGGACGCAGGAGGAGGUGCUGGGGCGAGGGAUCAGCUUCGAGAGGGAGGGGUACUGGGAAGAGAGCCGUGUAGUGCACUACGAAGAGGAGGGCUGGGCGAUAGUAGAGGAAGUUUCCCGGCCGGUGGACGAGUCAACUCGGUUCAGGACGCUCGAGGAGCCGCCAACGUUGCUCGUGUCGAACAACUCUCUGCUGCGACCAGACUCCCUCCUGCUCUCCGUCGCUAUGUCCGGUAGCUCCUCCUGCUUCCUCCUGAAUUUCUCGGAGGCCGACAGGAGAAGGCGAGACGUCAAAGUUGGGGAUGAGCCAUGGGAGGAAGGGAGGAGGAGCAGAGAGCAGACGCAGCUGCCGUCCUCUGACGCCAACGACAUCGCCGACGAUGCUCGCUCGAGCUUCUGCCUCUUUGCUGUCACCAAACCCUCUCGCCCUCCAGUGACGAGGGGAGUGCUAGAGCACGAGACAGUGCUGCGAGGAACCCUGCAGCAGGAGGAAGCGGGAAGCACAACCUUAAAGCUGCAGCUCGAGAAGAAGUUGCGAGGAGACGAGCUGAACGGGAUGGUGCUGGAGAUCUUGCUGGGAGGAGGCGAGCGCAUCGCAAGAACCGUGACAGAGCAGCAGGAGGACGGGACGGUCACACUGAAUCAAAGUCUUCCCGAGGAGACAAGCGUGCAGGGCCGUCAGUUCGUGAUCCGGACGGUGUCGCACGGGAGGCGCUACCUGACUCUGAGCGCGUCCUCUCCUCUACUCGCUGGCAGCAUCGCCGGCAAGACGCUCCUCAUCAACGGCGAGACUCGUCGCGUCUCUCACUACGGGGCCUCUCCUCACAGCAGCCUCGUCAACGGUAGACUGGCAACUCUCGACCAGCAACUUUCGGCCGACGUCACACCUGGGGUCGACUCCUACUUCAUCUACGAGCCCAGCUCCCUGCUCUCCUUCAGCGCCUCCUCCCGCACAGUCGACUUCCUGCAUGCCGGCAUUGACGCCACCAUGUCGCCCGCCAACGGCUCUCAGCUCGCGCUCUAUCACGAGGUCAGCAUGUCAGACCCCUCCAUGCGGCGGGUGGAGGUGGUGAGGGCAGGAGAGGGCUUCCUCCCCUCGGGCUCCUUCCUGACUGCCGCGGGAGUGAGAGGAAGCUACUCGUGCAACGAGGGCGGAGGCAUCGCGAGCGUCGAGGUGGUGGAGGAGGAGGCGCUGACGACUGACCGGAACCUCGAGCUCGCCAUCCGCUACCCGCCUGACUGUGGGGGAAGAACGAUCGACGUCUCCGAGUGCUCCACGACCUCGCAGCUCGGGAGCGUGACGACGAUGGAGGUGGUGGAGGGAGGGGUCAACUACGUGGAGGGAGAGGUGAGGCUGGUGGAGGGGUCGAGGGGGGAAGGGCUGGCGGGGAGGACGCGGGUGAACGACCAGGGGAAGGUGGUUGAGGUUUUCUUCUUGGACGCCAAGUCGCACGGGAGGGGAUGCGACGAGGCGGUGGAGGUGGAGAUUGUCUACGAGGGCAGCGAGAGGAAGAUGGAAGGUACAGUCACGUCCGUCGAGGUUGUGGACGGAGGGAUGGGACACGCGCAAGGGAGGAUGAGGAUUGUGUGCGAGGCUCCUUGCACGGGGAAGGGGCUGGAGGCGACCUGUGAGGUUGACGACGACGGAGCCGUCGCAAGCGUUCGCAUCCUGGAUCACGGGAAGGGCUACUCGUUCCAGCACCCUCCCUCCCUCUCCUGCGGCUCUUCCCUUAGAGAAGCUGUCAUGGUCCCCAAGAUCGCGCAUGGAGCGAGGCUGGUCGGCACCUCAGCUCGCCUCCUCCUCCUCUCCCUCUCCUCCCAUCGCCGCGUGACGUCCCAGCAGUCCGUCACCCGCGUCGUCGGCGUCGACGUGGGGCCUGGGCGGCUGGUGGGAUGCCGGGAGGGGGAGGAGCUGUUCGGGGUCGGGGGGCACGGGCAGGGCAUGCGCCUCCUCCUCCUCUCCUCCUCUGUGACCGCCAGCUCGCACGUGAAGGUGGUUGACUCCGGGUUCGGAUACUCAGCUGCUCCCCAGCUUGUCGCGAGGAAGGGAAGCUGCAAGUGCCUGACGGAGAGCUCGGGAGCUGGAGUCGAGCUGGACGGCUCGACGCCCGGGAACCUCGACCGGUGCGUGAGGGCCGUCGUGUCGUCGGAGGUGACGGUGGGGGAGAGCUGGCAAGUGGAGGUGCAGGUGCUGGACGGCAGCAGGGGCUUCUACUACAAGUACGUCGGUGGGCUUCGGCCCCAGAACCUCGUCCUGCAGGUGCCCAGCAGGAACUUGUCAGACCUCGUCCUGUCGAACUUGUUCCUGGGCGCUGCUGGGGAGCAGGUGGAGGAGGGAGGGGCUGCGGCAGGGAGGAGGGGGUGGCAGGGGGAGGUGCUGGAGAUGCUGCUGUACCGAUGCUCGUCGGGGACAGCAGCCAGCAAGGACUACAUGGGAUGCCUGCGGCCAAGAGACGUGGACCUGGUGGGAAACUACCUCUCCUCCCGGUUCUCCCUCCGAUGGGACAGCGCGGAGGGAGCGGCGAGGAAGGGAAGGGACGGGGACCUGGCGCUCGCCGUCCUCCGCGGCUCGUCGGGGUCAGGGGCAGUCCCGAUCCUCAGCAAGGUGAGGCCUUGCGCUGCCAUGGGAGGACGAGGACAGGAGAUCAGCAUCUUCGGGAAGAACUUGGACGGGGAGCAGGAGAACAUUCGGGUGGAGGUGGGAGGGAAGGCGUGUGUUCAGGUGGAGGUGAAGCAAGUCAGGGCGUCGGGGGAGACCAUCCUGACCUGCCGGGCUCCUGCUGGGGAGAUCGGGUUAGCGGAUGUGAGCAUCAGCAUCGACGGACUGUCGAGGACGUUCAGGAAGCGCUACCUGUACGCUCCUGCUCUCCUCCACCUGACGCCUUCCAGGCCGUCCUGCAAAGGAGGACAGACUCUGACUCUUCUCGGGCAAGGCUUCUCCUCCUCCCCGCUCCCCUUCAGCAUCGCCAUCGAUGCUCACAGGAGGCUGGAGUGCGCCAACAGCUCGAUCGUAUCAGAUCACAUGCUACUCUGCCUCCUCCCCGUCAUGCUCCGACGAUUCACGACCAUCUCACUCGUCACGCAGUGCGGAGGAGGAGGAGGGAGGAACGAGUCAGCUACGUCAGAGCUGGGGUUCGUGCUGGUGGACGCUCCAGCCUUCGUCGAUGAGUGCGAGAAGGAGCAGCAGCGGGACAAUAGAAGCUGCAUGGAAUGCUGCUCGGCAAGAUGUCCUACUCCCGUUGAAACGACAAACUCUUCAUGCUCAGACAUGUGCGAGGAGUUCUGCAAGACUUGA